AUGUCACAGGGCCGCAUUCCGAUGCUAUCUGGGAAAAGCCCGCUAUCCAUCCUAUACCAGCACUAUCGAUUCGUAGUCAACGGCCCAGCUCUUAUUAAAGACGGUUACGCUCGGUUCUCCAAUGGUCUCUUCGAGAUCCCACGCACCUUCCGCUUUGGCCAGGUAAUCCUGUGUAAGCCAGAGCUAAUCGAAGAGCUCAAGAAUACCCGAAGUGCGGUAGCAUCGCCCGAACCAUGGAUUGACCAGCUACUGCAGAUCUCUCAUGUCAUGCCGGGGUACUUUCCCAAGGAGAAAGGAUGGCCAGCAAUUGCAAAGACCACCCCAGGUCUUAUUCGGAGCACGGCACAUAAGCAGUUGGACCGGUAUAUCCCGCACAUGAAUGAAGCCAUAUCUUCGCAGCUGGGGGCACUUAAGUUUAUGGAUGGAGAAUGCGCCGUGGGCUGUUUCGACUUUGCCUACUCCAUCGUCGCACGCAGUGGCAGUUUUGCCAUGGUGGGAUCACGAUUGUCUCAAAACGAGGAGUAUAUUCAGGCCGUUAAGGAUCAUAUCCUGGGCAUGAUCGUGACCACCCGAGUCCAAUUUCUAGUUCCCGAUGGCUUAAAGAGGUAUUUUGGUGGCUUCAUCGGCCGACUGGCCACUCUCGGCACUCGAUGGGAUAUGCAUGCAUCUCGUAAGACCUUGCUGAAGCACUUCGAUGCACGGGCGGCCGAAUAUCAGAAUGAAAUGGCUAGUGGCGACCUUGCCGAGGAUCGCAAGACCAACCCUGAGCAAAAGGAAAAUCCGGUCGAGAUAUUCCGCUGGCUAUACGAAAACUCCAUCGUGAAUCAGAAAUGGAGCUACUCCGAGGUCAUUGGCGAGAUGUUGCUCUUGCAGUUUGCAUUCAUAUAUACAACUGCCUAUGCACUCUACGGAGCUUUGUCCGAGCUCACACAGCGCCCAGAGUAUAUUGACCCUCUGCGCGAGGAAGCCGAGGCCAUUCUAGCAAAUCGAGAGCCCACAGUUGCAAGCUGUGAUCAAAUGAUUCUGAUGGACAGUUUCUUGAAGGAGUGCCAGCGACUGCAUCCUCCUGCAGCCAUAUCUGCUCACCGAGUCUGCGUGACUGAAUUGCAACUUUCAAAUGGUAUCACUCUCAAGCCCGGAACCCACGUCGGCGUCCCAAGCGGCAUCAUCCAACAUUCAAGCACCGUCUACACCGACCCGGAAACCUUCGACGGGUUUCGCUUCGCAAAGCGCGCCGCCACCGGAGCCAGCAACACCAAACUCGUCGAUCUGAGCCCGGAAUAUCUCGUUUUCGGAAUGGGCGUACAUGCCUGUCCCGGCCGCUGGAUGGCAAGUGCGCUUAUGAAACUGGUUUUGGGGCAUCUGCUGAUCCAUUUUGAUGUCUUGCCUGGCUUGAAGCAGGGCGGAGGGCGAAGGGAGUCGUUGUAUGGGUCGUUGUCGUUUGAGGAGUUUCAUGUGCCCAACUUUGGAUUGGAGAUUCGCCUGCGCCGGAGGGAAGGGAUGGAAUCGAGUAACUGA